CACACACACACACACACACACACACACACACAGCUCAAGUUUAUUUUUUCCGCAUUUGAUGUUGAAAUAAUGGAGAAGACAAUUGUUCAAGACAAAAGUGUGCUAUUUUGCGUCGAAUGAUUUACAGUCAUGUGUCGUCAUUCAACCUCGCUCUUGGUACACCAAAGAUGGCCGCCCUUGAAGACUGGUCGCCCACUAUAUAAUCAACCUAUUUCCGAAUAGAAACACUCAAUGAAUUCACCGUUCAGUUAAGUAGCCUCAGACACGCUUAUCUAAACAAAAACCGAUGAUGAGAAAAUACCGAUGCCCGUCGUAACAUUAUCGAUCACUCGACCGCUGCCAUCUUGGGUGUACCGCCUCGCCGACCAGUCAACGGCGAGCAUUUGCCGGGGAAUGCCCUCCUUAUCUCCCCGGGUCACAUGGCCACAGAUCCUCGGCGCGUCAUAAGGAUGCGGUCGGCCAGAGCCGGGCACCAUCCAAGCCCUCCUCGGCCCACUGCUUGACCAUAUGUCCACAACCGUGAAGGACGAGGCCCCCGCUCUGCUCUGACCGCCAUGGCCGCCCCUAGCACGGCCCCCGCCGCCGCCAACGGCCAACGCUUCCUCAUCCUGUUCGACUUCGACGAGACCAUGAUCGCGGAGAACAGCGACGACGCGGUGGUCCGCGCCGCCCCCGGCCAGCGGCUCCCCGACUGGCUGGUGGCGGCGUACCGCGAGGGCCACUACAACGAGCACAUGCAGCGCGUGCUCUCCCACCUGGCCCAGCAGGGCGUCGGCGAGGACGCCAUCCGCGCGGCGCUGGAGAAGAUCCCGCCCACGCCGGGCCUGGCCGCCCUCUUCCAGUUCCUGCGCGCCCACCCGCACGACUACGAGGCGGUGGUGGUGUCGGACGCCAACACGUACUUCAUCGAGACGUGGCUGCGGCGCUUCGGCGCGCUGCCGCUCUUCCGCCGGGUGUUCAGCAACCCGGCGGGCUUCGACGCCGCCGGGCGCCUGGUGCUGCGGCCCUUCCACGCGCACGCCUGCGCCCGUUGCCCCGACAACAUGUGCAAGCAGGUGAUCCUGCGCGAGUAUCUCGCGCGGCGCCAGGAGGAGCGCGGCGGCCAGGCCUUCCAGCAGGUGCUGUACGUGGGCGACGGCGCCAACGACGUGUGCCCGUCCCUGGCCCUGGGGCCCGGGGACGUGGUGUUCCCCCGCAGGGACUUCCCCAUGCACCGGCUCAUAGAGGCGGCGGCGGGGGGCGGGGGCGGGACGGCGCCCCUGAAGGCCCAGGUGGUCCCCUGGAGCAGCGGGGAGGACGUGGUGGCCUGCCUGCAGACACUGGGGAAGGAGAGAUGAGGGGGAGGGGGAGGAGGCCGUGUGUGUGGAAAAAGAGACAGGUUAAAGGAGCAAUAAGGAGAGCGAAGGAGUGUGUGUGUGUGUGUGUGUGUGUGUG